UCGCUUCCCGAGGUCGCACGACUGGUUGUGACCACGGUUAGUUCCUUCCACUAAGACAUACACAAAUAAAAAGACCCGGAAGACCGCCGGAAGUCGCACUACCGCGGGCGACUACCUAGGAAAAACCAUGACGACGAUACCGAUAAUCAACAUGGAGUUCGGCGAGCUCAAGGAGAUCAUCUGGUCGAAGCUGCAGGAGCCGAAGGCUCAGCGCAAGCUGGUCCUGGUCAUCGUCUCCAUAGCGCUGCUACUGGACAACAUGCUGUACAUGGUUAUAGUACCGAUCAUUCCCGAUUACCUUAAAUACGUCGGCGCGUUCGGGGAUAUCGAGGAACCACCGGUCAACGCCACCGGGCCGCCCGUGCAUCACGGCCAGGACUCCGCCACGGGGGUGUUGUUCGCGUCGAAGGCGAUCGUGCAGCUGAUGGUGAAUCCGUUCUCCGGCGCGUUGAUCGAUCGGAUCGGCUACGACAUCCCGAUGAUGAUCGGUCUCAGCAUCAUGUUCCUCUCGACCAGCGUGUUCGCGUGCGGCAAGAGUUACGGCGUGCUGUUCUUCGCGAGGAGCCUGCAGGGUGUCGGCUCCGCGUUCGCGGACACCGCCGGCCUCGCCAUGAUCGCCGAUCGCUUCACGGAGGAGUCGGAACGCUCGAAGGCGCUCGGCAUCGCCCUGGCGUUCAUCAGUUUCGGCUGCCUGGUCGCGCCGCCGUUCGGAGGCGCCCUUUACCAAUUCGCCGGUAAGGAGGUGCCGUUCCUGAUCCUGGCGUUCGUCAGCCUUGCGGACGGCUUCAUGUUACUGCUGGUGAUGAAACCGAUCAAGGAGCAGCUGCGCGACCGCCACCACGAGCAGAAGUCGACGAUACCGAUCUGGCGGCUGCUGAUGGACCCGUACAUCGCCGUGUGCGCGGGCGCCCUGAUGAUGUCCAACGUCGCGCUGGCCUUCCUCGAGCCUACGAUCUCGCUGUGGAUGGAGGACACCAUGACGCACGACAACUGGAAGAUCGGAAUGAUCUGGCUGCCGGCCUUCUUCCCACACGUGAUCGGCGUCGUGAUCACCGUGAAAAUGGCCAAGCAGUAUCCGCAGUAUCAGUGGCUGAUGGCGGCGGGCGGCCUCGCGCUCGAGGGCCUCUGCUGCUUCAUCAUACCGUUCUGCAGCUCAUACAAGUCGCUAAUGGUACCGAUCUGCGGCAUCUGCUUCGGUAUCGCGCUCAUCGACACCGCGCUACUGCCCACGCUCGGCUAUCUGGUGGACGUUAGGUACGUGUCGGUGUACGGCAGCAUCUACGCGAUCGCCGACAUAUCGUACAGCGUGGCGUACGCGGUGGGUCCGAUCAUAGCCGGCGGCGUCGUCGAGGCGAUCGGUUUCGUCGCCCUGAACAUCGGCAUCGCCUUCUCGAACCUGCUCUACGCGCCGGUCCUCUACUAUCUGCGUCACAUCUACGAUUUCAAGCCGUUCCAGGACGAGGCGAACAUACUGAUGCAAGACCCGCCCGACAAGGAGUAUCAGACGUACGUGCUGCAGGAGCAACGACCGAUCAGCGGCGAAAUCGGCAAUCACCUGAACCAGACGCGCAUGGAGACGAAUAUCGAUCAGGGCUACGAUCAGGGCUACCAGACGACGGGGCAGGUCGGAGGAUACGAUCAGCGCGCCGGCGGUUACGGCGCCAAGAGUGCAAUGGGCUACAACCAGCCUGCUCACGAGCAGCCGCCGGUCUACAAUCAACCGGGUGGCUACGGUCAACCGGGCGACUACGGCCAGCAAAGGAAUUACGCGGCCGAGCGCCAAGAUCAGCGGGGUCCUCAGGGCGACGUGAAUCCCUUCAGGAGGCCGGACGUGACGGAUCAGCGGCCGGCCGGGGACAGCAACCCCUUCAGGCAAGGGAUGUACUAGAGCGCCGCCGAGUGUCGCCGAGUAAGCGAUCUAACCGAUCGAGCGCGCGUCCCCUUCGCUCGAGAGUGCGUUCGAGAGUCUUCAUGACAGGCUUCCACUUGUAUCGGCAAGAGAGAAUUCGACGUUGCAUCCGCGGGUUGCACGGCGGCUCGGCGGAACAUCCGGCAGCGAUCACGACGGCGAUCGUGAUGCUCGAUCGGGAUCAGAGGGAGAGAUUGCCGACCACGCCGCGGCGUCCCGCCGAUCUCGAUGUCAUACUCGGAGUAUCGUCGGUGUUUACCGGGGACGGCUUCCAAAGUGAUUGAUCCCCUCGAAGCUCUCGCGAUGGGUUCACAUCCGCGAGCGGUGAAUCCUGACGGUCCUGGCAUCCGGUCGAGGUUCCGCGCGCAGCUGGUAAAUACGAAUCGCGAGGAGAGAGGGGGGAAAGGAAGGAGAUGGGGAGCGUUGCUGGACACGCGACGUUGGAAACGUGAGACGAGAGAAGUGGAGGGGAAAAGGGUCGGGCGAGCACGUGGAAAGGACAGUGGUCGUCUUCGUCGGAAAUAAGGACCUCGUGGAGAAUAAAAGUCGCAACAUCGAAAUAAAAUUAGAGUGAGAAGACGAGGGGAUGUGUGUCGGUGUUAUGUCGGAGAAAGGAGAAAAGACAGCGUUAUCUCCUUUAUGCGAGAGGUCAUUGCGCGAAGUGCAGUAGAAGGAGAGAAGGAGGAUUCACGACCGCGACGAAGGCUUCCCGUCAGCAAGGACCUUCGCUCGCGGAUUGCCGCUGGGCAAGUCUUGAGUUUUUAACGCUUUUCGUUGAUAAUCGUUCUACAUUGCUGAACGAAAAAUAUCAUAUCACUAAUUAAGGCGUCAGAAAAGUCUAGGUAGUAAGGUUUUAAGUUAAGUAGGCGAUUGUAUAGGGGGUUGUGACACGGGCGGUCGAUUUGCCCCACGAAUCGCUCUGUAUUGGUAAAGUACUCUCGUCCCUGCUUCGAGUUUUAAGUAAUAAACGUCACGUGAACAAUAUUUUAAUAGUAAAAUUUAGAUUACGAGAAUGUUAUUUUUGGUGACACGAAUCUGAAACUUUUAUGUGCGCGUAUAAAAUCGUUACGUAUUUUCUUAUUAACAAUAAUUUUUCUAGUAUGAGUAAGAGUGCAUUAUAAGCGUUGAAAAAAAUGGCAAAUAAUAAUUAAAAUUGUUUUAUUAAAGAUUUUUAGUCUAUUCAAUUUUCAAUGUCUGCAAACUUGCCUUUCUUUAAACCUUGUAACCAGUCGUCGACUUAAGAAAAAAUUCGAAAAAAAGUUAUCCUACUUUAAUAGAAUUUGAAACGAUGCCUUUUGCAAUUUAUACCAAUAAAGCAGAUAUAAUUGUUAUUGUUGCUAUAAUUGUUAGAAUUCUGAAGAAAUUAACUUCUAUUCUGUUAAAUAAAUAAAAAUUGAUACAUUCUUUUCAUUCGUAGUUUCCACCCUAAAGUUUCAAUAAGAUUCUUCUCUUCUAAUUUUUUGUUCCUUCGCGUCAACUUUAUGCGUCAACUUCUUUUGCACUAACCGAGUACUUUGCCGCAAUAAUAGAGCAAUACCAGUACCAAAGCGCGAGCGCGUCAAAGUAAACAUAUCUGUAUUUUUAUGAGAUUACUUUUCUAAUAGUAGAGAUAUAUUUCGUUUGAACCUUGUCAGGGGAGGUUUGAUUCACGCGGCAAGUGUCGCGUGUGAUAUCUAGACGUAUCUAGGCAUGCAUAAUAAUUUCUAUAUGUAUGUAAAUAUAUCAAAAAUUUCAUUAUGUGUCGGAGUGACUUGGACGCAAGGUUUGGCGGCGACUAUCGCAAACUGCUCUCACCGUGUAAGAGACGUUUCUAUUUAUUUCAGAUAUACCACUCAUUGUAUUUUAUUGUUAUCUCUUCUACUGUUUAUUCUUCUGUUUUAUUUAUUAUUUUUAGAGCUAUAUUCCACUAUACUAUUUCAAUCAAUUAUGUUACCCUUGCUUUUUCGUAACGUAUAGCACAAAUGAGUCUGAAAAAAAAACAAAGCUCCCUAUUCAAAGAUUAUUAAGAGGAAAAUUAUUUAAAUAUCGCGCAAAAACUUGAAUCUUCUCCCCGCGAUAUCCGCCAAGCCUUACGACCGAGGGCGCAGCACACAUUCGUACCUACUCGUCAAUACUAAGGAAGCGUCGCGAGAAGUAAGUAAAUAAGUUGUUAAUUAACUAGCACUAUAUACACUAUAUACCGGCACGGCGAUAUCACCGCCGCCGGCGUGUUGGACGCGAAAAGAAGGGGUUCCUCGAUCGCGCGGGGAAUCCGCUUCGCCUCGCGUCGAUCGGACUUCAGGACCACUCGCCCGGAUCAUCGUCGCGCGGAUCCUCGAGGAUCGAUUCGCGAGUGCUUUGAGUUAAUUCAGUGCCUGAACUUCGCAGUUUUUAUCCCUGUGGUCGCGAGACUCGUAGUACGAAUAACUGUAAAGCUCUCCCCAGUAAAAGAUCCAAGCAGGUAACCCGACCUAAAGUAACGUAGACACACACAUACACACACACACACACACACACACACAUACACACACAUACACACACACACCACACAAAAUUAGACCGCUAUACAUAUGUACCUAACAUAGAUUAUACGCGUUUUUUUUUGUUUUAUAGCCGUGGAAGAGAGAAGAGCGUGUUUUAUCUGCGCAAUGGCAUUUCGUUUCUAUGAGCUGGCCUCUAAAGUUAGGGAUUUUAUCGUAACGGCAACGUCCAGCCUGUUGAUUAUCGUCGCGAUUCCGCUAAAUAAAAUCAAUCCGAUAAGAUCUUGAAAUAAUGAAAUAAAGGAUCUUGUGCUUCUAACUCUCUAAUAGUGAAAUGUCCCUUUAAAUGUCCCCUUUUAGUUCAAAUGUAUAAGUUAAAAUAAUUAGAUAUAAUAAUAAAAUUCUACACAACGUAUUGCCAAUUACUUUGACGGAAAUUCUUUCGUUCCUUAUUUGAAAAAUACAUAUUUACGAUAAUUGCACAUUAAUCUUACGUCUUUUCGAUUGGACCAGCGAAGUCGAGCUACAAUGUCGAAGACGAUAAUGACCGGCAAGACGUUGCGUCAGUUGCACUACGGUUAUACAUACACAUUACACACAUAUCUAUAUAUAUAUAUAUAUAUCGUAUAUACGAAAUUAUAUUCGUAGCUUCUUCUGCUCUUGUAAAUAUAUAUAUUGCGCGUGAAAGGGAGAGGAAAGCGGCUUUUUCCUUCGCGCGGAUACGUCGCGUAUCGAGUGCCCCGGAACUACCGUCAAUCCUUUCCACUUGAAACAUUUUUUUCUUUAUCAUUACUUUCGUAAUAAAAAGCCACAACGCUUCUGUCAAAGCCCUCUGUUAAAACCGCUCUGAAUUGGAUAUUUCGUUAUCCGCUUUUAUCCGUGCAGCUUUAACCGCGAGGAAAUGACUCGCUCCACUUUCGAGCGUAUAUAUUUUUGAUGAUCAAAGCCGCAAUGAUCGACGUUCAGUUGUCCGUUUGACCUAUAAGCCUUCAUGCUCCCCGACAUUCGCGACGGUAGUCCCGGUAGUACUCGGUAUAUCUUGCCUACUUGUAUCAUAUCGUUCGUAAGUGUUGUGAACGCGACGCGGUGUGUGUACGUGAGCAUAAAAUCCUCUUUCUUCUGCGUCGGGACUGAAGGCCAGUGCUGGGCAAAGGUGGUUAUUGUCCUGACACUCGUAGAAAUAGAACCUGGGGAUCUUAAAAGCGAAAUAGCAGAAAACUGGAUUUUCUGGGAAAAUGAGAUAAGUUUCUUCUUGAAUAAAGAAGACGAGACGUACGCAUUUUCUCUCUGGCGUGUCUUGAAAAGUUGUCACGUGAGUCGCUUCUUUACGCUGAGAGCGUAGCGGCUUUUAAAAGUUUUACCGCCGCAAACAAAAGACCCUUUGUGCUGGGAAAAGUUAUUUUGUCCUUAAGAAUUAUUUCUCCCUCGAGAAAGAAAACAUUGCUUUUGAGAUCCCCAGCUAAUUAUACGAUAAGUGAAAAACUCGCUGUUAUUAUACACAUACACAUAUUUUGUUAAGUUUCGAUAAUUAUAUGAUGUAUUUGUUAUAAUUAUAAAGUCGGAGCGAAAAUUUUCCCUAUAUAUUGUGUACAGAAGAUCCCUAAAUUCCACAUAUUGAUAGCUUGUAGAUAAUUAUUUAUCAGACGAAUUCGCGGAUUAUUCGUUGCUUCUCCUAUGCUUGGGAAAAAAAAUUCUAAAUUACCUGAAACAAUCUCGAGCCCUCGAGAUACGUUAAGGCUUCUAAAGUAGUUGAUUGUGUAAGUAACUUCCUCAGUGGCACACACAUACGUCGUGCGAGACAAACGGUGCGCAAAGUGCGUCCUGUAUAUCGCGUGAAACCUUGCUCAGCACUAUCGGGUACGACGUUUAGAGUGAAAACACGGGCGCUAGUUUCCCAACGAUAUUUUUCUCACCUCGAAACCUCGAGUCUAAUUCCCAAGUGUUGCGAGGCGACGGGAGCAGUCCGUUACGACAGAAAAACGUUCGCAAUAUACGUGAACACAUAUCAUAAGAAGGGAGAGGCGAGACGCGUGGAGAAAUGGUCACCGGGAUUAUAUGUAUCUAAUUAUCCGUGAAUAAUGCAUAUUAUCCAUGCGCGAUGAAGUGCAUCCCGAGAAAUUAUCCGUAAGCGUAGCGUAACUUAAAUGCAAUACAUCCGCACUUUGCGCAUACACACACACACAGAUACACGUACAUAUAUACAUACAUAUAUACAAAUGUACAGACGUACCAGGCAAGACAUCGAUACAUGCAUACACUCGCGAUUCUAUACGUAUACGCAAAGACACAUUAUGUAUGUAUAUUUUAUUUGAAAAACCAAGUAAUUCGAAAUGCGUAUGUAAUUGAAAUCCUAUGACACUGUAAUGUUGUUGAACCGGUUAUUAAAGAUGUCAUUGUUACCGAAGAAUACCACGUGUUGCACUUUAUGCUACGAUUCAUAUUUAAUUAGACAAACACAUGAAAAUCUAUUUGGAUAUUUUUUUUCGAGAUCUAAAUUAAAAUAGUUAUUUUAUUAUAUUCUGAAAAUUUUUGAUCCUCAUAUGUUUUUCAAUUACGAAGUAAUAAAAGUAAAUUAGAAUAAUAAGUUGGAUAUUAAGCCGAUAUGUGAAUGACACAAGAAAUAAAAAGAAAUACCAUUUUUUCGAUUAA